AUGUCGCAGCUCUCCGAUGUCUACGCAUCAUCUAGCUUCGAUGGGGUGCAAUUAGACACGCUACAAUACCUUGUUCCUAACGAUUCCCUAUCCCAACGCGAAAGCCAGAGUCAACUACUAUCCGAAAGUCAGUUUGGAUCAGUUCCAGACCUUCCAGACCUUCCAACCCAUCGAUCGCGCGUGGCACCUCAGGCCCCAGACACUCUUACACGAAUCAAACCAGACCGUAUCAACGAGUACGUUGUCUUUACAACUACAAUGACCGCAGAAUUUAUUCAGUGGUGGCUUGAAACCGACUUUGGUAAGAAGAAGCGGAUCAACUGGGAUGUGAACCGUCGUGCAGAGUGCUGGAAAGGGUUUCAACAAGUUGCAAAUACCAAAGAUGGGAAGCCAGGCGUUAUAUGCAAACGGUGCCGUACAAUUCUUGAGCACCCAACUACCAACCAUACUGGAACCUCAUCGAUGCAGAAACAUCUCGAUGGGCUAAGGUGCCGACAGCGAAUACCGAAGAAGGGUAAUAUCCAGCAACUACUUAGUGACGCGGCUGAGAGAAGACCAGCGCCUACCUUUACCCAGCAAAUAUGGGAGCAGAAGAUCCUAAACCUGAUCACUGUAUCGCAUUUACCCUUCCUAUUUGUCGAACAUCAAGAAUUCCACGACCUCCUUUCCUACGCACGGCUAGCACCCACACUACCAAGUGUUCCAUCAAGAAAGGUGAUUCGUGAGCGCCUUCAGGAUUUUGUUAUAGAACAUCAACAGGAGACACUACAACGGCUUCCAUCUAGUGCAAGAAUGUCGAUUGCGCUUGACUGUUGGACUUCUCCAUUCCAGCAAGCAUUCAUGGCUAUCACAGGAUACUUCCUAGACCAGGAAUGGGAGUAUCGCGAGGUUCUCCUUGGGUUUGAGCCAAUAUCUGGAUCUCAUACUGGAGUGAACCUCGGUAGGGUUGUUCUCCAGAUCCUAGAGAAGCACCAGAUCGCUGACCGUAUACUGGCGGUGACAACUGAUAAUGCGUCUAAUAAUAAGACACUUAUCGCAGCGGUGAAUGAUUCGACUAAGACGCUACAGCAAGAGACAGAUUCUACAAUUGUCCAAGUGCCCUGCCUUGCGCAUGUUAUUCAAUUGAGUCUAACUGAUUUACUUGGUAAAAUUAAGGCCGCCCCGAAGAAUAACAACACCGAGACGGAAUGGUCUGAAGAUCGUGUACAUUCACUUCGUGCACGCCAGCAGAAACAUGAGAUCGCCGAUACUCUAAAUAAGGUUCGCGGCCUUGCAGUUUAUAUCAACGGAAGCCCUCAACGCAAAGAAGCCUUCUUGAAUCUUCAAUCUAAUAAUGCUGGGAUAAGGCUUCUCCCAAUCCAGGAUGUCCGUACACGAUGGAAUUCGACAUUUCUGAUGCUUCGGCGGGCGAAAAGACUUCAUGACAUAUUCGACAAGUACUGCAAGGACUACACCCAAACCCAUUUUGCAUUGAGUAUUGAGGGGUGGCGGCAGAUUGACUAUCUACUUUGUAUUCUCCAGCCCUUUUUUACGCUUACUACGCUAGUUUGUCGUACUAAAGACUCGAGUAUCCACCUUAUCUUUAGGAUUUAUAACAAGCUUUUUGAUCAUCUUGAAAGAUCAAUUCGUCAGCUUCGUCGAAAGAAAGUUCACUGGAAACAGCUGAUGCUUUCCUCCCUUGAGGCUGCGAAGGAGAAACUGAAGAAAUACUACGGCGAGACAGAUGAUAUCGAAGGUAAUCUUUAUGCAAUUGGGACGAUCUUAGCGCCAUCAAGUAAGAUGGAGUUCUUUUCAACAGGUGAUUGGGACCUAGAUCCUGAGAUAGGAAAGGACUAUAGAAAAGAAUACCGCAAGAGUCUUCAGUCUCUUUUCGAGAGAUAUAGCCAACGUGUACCAUCAGAUAUGAUACAGCCUAAUAGCCAGUUAUUAAUAACUGAAUCGGAGCUAGAGAGGGCCCUUGACGGUGAUUCUUCACCACGAUCAAUUGCUCCACAGUACGACGAGCUCACCAAAUAUCUCCAGAGUGAUACUAUUAAAGGAUCUGUUCGGAUCUUCUGGAAAGAUCAUCAGAGAGAGUUCCCUGUUCUUGCAAGCAUUGCCCGUGAUAUCAUGUCAAUUCCAGCAACUGGUGCCGGAGUUGAGCGUCUGUUUAACUCUGCUCGGGAUGUAUGCCACUACCGCCGGGGGUCGUUGAAUCCAGAGACUAUUCGUGAUAUUAUGUUGUACAUGUGUACAACAAAAUUUGAUAUUGAGGAGGAGCAGCGGCUGAUUCUCCAAGAGUAUCUCUUAGACCAUGAGAUAGCAGCUUCGGCAGAAGCACUUGAUGUCCAGACACAUACCUUCGAGGCUAUCAGUGAUGACGAGGAGGAGGAUAUUGAGUUGCGUCUUGAUACACCGGCUGCUGUAUCAAUUAUGCAAACAACCCCAAACGUACCGCCACUCUCAGCGGUUGCCGCUGGAAAGCGGCCUGCGGUCACUUCUGGUGAUGAGGAAGAUUCUGAUGCCGAUGGAUUUGUGAACCCGGAGGAGAACCUAUUAUUAUCCUUCCCUAAUACGCAGCAUCGUGUAUCAGAAUUACCUACCCUCACACUACAAGAGGUCCAAGAGCGAACCCAAGAUCUGCCAUCAUCUUCCCUCGCUGCCUCUUCCUACACAACAUCACUGCUCGAGUGGCUCUGGGACACCGUCAGUUUUCCGAUUCUAGAGGCACUCGGUUUCAACAAGUCUCCCUCUGAUAGCAGUUGGCCUCGGGUCUGGUGGAUUCCCACGGGGGUACUCAGCCAGCUACCACUUCAUGCAGCAGGAUACCACACGCAAGACUCCUCAAAUACAGUUUUAGACCGAGUCAUGUCCUCCUAUGCUUCGUCGAUCAAGUCGUUGAUAUUUGGGCGCCGAAACCAUAUUCGCCAACCCACAGGACCCCUAUCAGACCAUGCUCUCCUGGUUGCCAUGGACGAAACCCCAGGAUUACCCGCGAGUCAAGUUCUUCCGUAUGCUGAAAAAGAGGUCGAGAUGUUGAACGACUUCUGUCCCUCACUUCAAUUGAAGCCUAUUAGGACAGCACGUCGCAAAGACAACGUUCUGAAACAUCUGCAGGGGUGUAGGAUAUUCCAUUUCGCAGGACACGGGCUGUCGGAUCCAGUUGAGCCUUCGCAAAGUCGUUUGCUUCUUGAGGAUUGGACCACCGACCCCCUGACCGUUGAUGACCUCCGCGACUAUAAGCUCCAAGAAAACCCGCCGUUUCUCGGGUAUCUCUCGGCUUGUUCCACUGGCGCCAACACGGCGGAUAGACUGGCAGACGAGGGAAUCCAUCUUGUAAGCGCCUUCCAACUGGCUGGUUUCCGACAUGUUGUUGGAACACUCUGGGAAGUCUCAGACAAGCACUGUGUGGAUGUGGCGAGGGUGCUCUAUGAGACCCUGCGGGAUGAAGGGAUGACGGACGUAGCGGUUUGCCAAGGACUGCACCGGGCCCUUCGAGCAUUGCGCGCAGGCCACACUGACACGGGGCAGGAAGCAAGAAAAGCUUUUCAUCUGGAUUCGGGGACUACAGAAAAAAGGCCUCUGAACAGCCACUGGAUUCCCUAUGUCCACUUCGGUGUUUAG